CGAGCUAAUGAUUGAUUGAUGACAGUGGACGAGAGAUUUCUGCACAUUGCUCCUUUCCAGAGGGGAGAACUGUCUAUCUGCAGCUGUUUCUUCAUUGGACAUUAUAUUUCAGUAUCUGGUUGGAGUCAUUUAGUAAUUUGUCCCGCAAGAAAAGAAAGAAGACUCUUUUGAAGAACUGUGGAGGCUAUUUGUUGUUGUCAGGAUGAGACCAGCUUCUCUUUACUUGGUGUUUCUUUUCCUCAUUUAUUCUGAAACGAAGGAGUCAUCAGAGGAGCAUCAAACACCUGUAGAGCAGAUCCGGGAGAUCACAAAAGCACCAGCAAAAACCCCACAUCCUCCAGCCCCCACGCUCCCUAAAGCCCCCACGAUCCCUAAAGCCCCCACGAUCCCUGAAGCCCCCACGAACCCUAAAGCCCCCACGAACCCUAAAGCCCCCACGAUCCCUGAAGCCCCCACGAACCCUAAAGCCCCCACGAUCCCUGAAGCCCCCACGAACCCUAAAGCCCCCACGAUCCCUGAAGCCCCCACAAACCCUAAAGCCCCCACGACCCCUAAAGCCCCCACGAUCCCUGAAGCCCCCAUGACCCCUGAAGCCCCCACGACCCCUAACGAUGACUUUCUGGGUCCAUCUGAGUGUUUGGAGAAGAAAUUUACUCGAGCAUCAUGCUCCCUGGUGUUCUGUCCUCCGUGGGAGCGUUGCAUUGAAGGACAUUGCUCCUGUAAACCACCGUACCUGUGUCCGUCCGAGGACGUGGCUCCGGUCUGUGGACAUGACAACAGAAAGUACCGCUCCUUCUGUCAGGUGAUGGCCGUCUCGUGUCGCACCAAGAAACCCGCCAUGUCCCACUUUGGGAAACAAUGCGGAGCGGAUCUUCCAAAAUACAAGAGCUCGAUAGACCCUGACACAGGAAGCGUUCAGGUCUUCGUUCCUAACGAUGCGGACCCUGAGGCCGGACAGGAGUUACUGGUUUGCGGCGAGACCUGGAACAUGGCGGCUGCUAACGUGGCCUGCAGGGAGCAUGGAAAUGCCCUCGGUGCGAUGACAGCUGCUUCCAUGUUAUACUCGUCGCUGACUAACGGAAUUGACGGCAAAGGGUUUCCGGCCAAAUGUGUGAGCGUCCGCUGCCAAGGGUUUGAGACUUCUCUAGCCGAGUGUGAAAUCCAGGCCAGCCUGCCGAUCAGAGACGGGAGGAUCGCCAACGUGACCUGUUACAAACAUGCAGAAGAAGAAGAGUGUGGCUUUAAGUGUGCAAACACAAAGUGUGUGUCUCUGAACCAGACUUGUGACGGGGUCGACGACUGUGGCGACCGCAGUGACGAGAUGUGCUGCAGAAGAUGCAGGAACGGAGGUUUCCGCUGUAAGACCGGCGUGUGUUUGCACCCGGACGCACUCGGAGACGGUCAGAUGGACUGUCUGGACGGCGCGGAUGAAUCAGAGAAGUUCAAAAAACCAGAACCAGAGUUCAGGCAACUGGGGAGAUCAGAUUCCAUUCAAGAUAGGUCCUCUCCAAAAAAAGAGAUGAGGACCGACAGAGAGCAUCUGGAGUCUCAGCUGUACUGCGGGAUCCCCAACGCGACCACGGUGGACGAUACGGAGGUGGAAGAGCGAAGGCGGAGCAUCCGAGUCCGGAGGGUGGUGGGGGGCCUCCCUGCAAACCCCACUCAGAUCCAGUGGCAGAUUGCUCUGGUGGACAGAGGGAAGAUCGACUGUGGAGGCGCGUACGUCGGGGGAUGCUGGGUAAUCACCGCGGCUCACUGCGUCAGGCCGAACCCCUCUGCGUUCAGCGUGAAGUUUUCUCUCUGGAAAAAAACUCGGUCUCAGAGCACAACAGACAUCGUUCCUGUCCAAGACAUCCGCAUCCACCCGAACUAUAACCCUGCCACGUACGAGAACGACAUCGCUCUGGUGGAGCUGGAGAAGCUCCCCUUUAAGGAGGAAUGUCUGGAGGAGAACCCGGCCGUCAGCGCCGUCUGCGUGCCCUGGACCGUCCAGCUGUUCCAGCCCAACCACACCUGCAGCAUCUCGGGCUGGGGCCGCACGGCAGACGGCAGGGCGGCGAAGGUCCUGCUGUGGGCGAACGUCUCCCUGAUCGAUGACUGUCAGAGCUACUACGGACCGCGCUUCAAACCCGGCAUGAUGUGUGCAGGGGACCUGGACGGCAGUGUGGACUCGUGUCAGGGGGACAGUGGGGGGCCUCUGGUGUGUGAGGACGAGCUGGGGUUUUCCUACCUGUGGGGCAUUGUCAGCUGGGGGGACAAGUGCGGCAUGCCGGGCUUCCCCGGGGUUUAUACACAGAUCGCUCACUACUUCGAGUGGAUCAGACUUCACACCGGCUGGACUGCAGUCACCAGGUUCAACUCCUGAGAUCAAACACCUUUUGAUAGUUUCAGUUCAAGAUGUUUUAUGUGCCAAAAUGAAAUACUUCAAACAGC